AUGGCCAGUAACCGUUGCUACCGGGAGAUCCGUCCCGCCUUUGAACCCGACGCUAUUCCCACAUCGCCUACGUCACCGCGCAAUCCACACCAUGCAUCGUCACCACGAUCUGACCGGAAACCCGCCCGGCGCAAUGUCUGGGUAGCUUGCGAGAGUUGCAAGAAGCGCAAAACCAAAUGCUCCGCCGACCGUCCAAAAUGCUCUCAAUGCACGAGUCGUGGAUUCGACUGUCGGUACACCGCAGACCCCUCUGAGUCGCGUAGCGCCUCAAUAAAAAGGAAGUUUACCGAACUAGAGCGCCAGAAUGACUGCCUGAACGGCUUCUUUCGCGCAAUCCGGUCCAUGCCUGAGUUCCAGGCCCAUGAAGUGCUCAGAAGAAUUCGAUCGGGCGCCUCUGCCGAGGACGUCCUUCGUGAGGUUGAGGGAGGUGUAUUGCUCUUGCAGCUCUACGAUCGGCCUGAGAGAAAGCAUCGGGAUUCUCGUUGUGACAUUGCCAGCAUCACGACCACGCCAAACGGUACAACCGGACCCGCCAGUGCGACGAAACCCGCGGGUCUUCUCACGCCAGAGAAUUCUUUCGAGUCGGUUUCGCCCCAGCUCCCCUGGACAGCAGGUCUGCCUCACUCAGCCAUAAGCAGGCCGGGGAUGAGGGGGUGGCAGGAUACAGGUCCGCAUCCAGUCACCAGGCGCUUCUUGAAAAGAAGCGCUCGUUCUACGCCGAAGCCAUAG